GAUCUUUAGUUGAGGAGAUAACUGUUAAAAUUAUCCUGGAGUGCUAUAUGAACGGGAAAUCUUCGUCACAUCCUCACAUUCUUCUCUCUUGCAUUCUUCUCUUGGCAUUGGCAUCAUGGGUUGGAAAUCUUGGGUAUUUGCAAUUGUUGUUGUAAUUACUGUCACAGCACUGAGAUGUGAAGCUGCUGAAAGUUAUGUGUGUGAUCCAGUGAAAUUUGCUAAGAUGGGUAAGGAUAUCAAUCAAUAUACAUUCUGUGAUUCAACAUUGGGAUUCGAGGAGCGAGCAAGAGACCUGGUGAGUCACAUGACUUUGUCAGAGAAAGUUGGACAAAUGGGCAGCAGUUCAACUGGUGUGCCCAGGUUUGGACUACCCAAGUAUGAAUGGUGGUCCGAGGCAUUGCACGGUGUUUCGAACACAGGACCUGGUGUUGUGUUUGACAAGAACAUCCCUGGUGCCACUAGUUUUCCUCUUGUCAUUCUCACUGCAGCUUCCUUUAAUGAAACUCUUUGGAGAGUAAUAGGAGAGGCUGUGUCAACUGAAGCAAGGGGCAUGCACAAUUCAGGAACUGGAGGGCUAACCUAUUGGAGUCCCAAUAUAAAUCUUCUAAGAGAUCCUCGAUGGGGUCGAGCCCAAGAAACUCCAGGAGAGGAUCCCCUUGUGGUUAGCAGAUAUGGUGUCAACUAUGUUAGAGGUUUGCAAGAUACUGGCAAUAUCUCCUCAAACAUGCUUAAGGUUGCUGCCUGCUGCAAACAUUAUACUGCCUAUGAUCUUGAUGCAUGGAAAAAUUUUGACCGUUUCCAUUUUGAUGCACAGGUGACCCAACAGGAUAUGUUGGAUACAUUUCAACCACCAUUUGAGGCUUGUGUAAAGCAGGGUGCUGCUAGUAGUGCCAUGUGUUCCUUCAAUAAGAUCAAUGGUAUUCCUUCUUGUGCAGAUCCCCAACUCUUGAAAGACACCAUCAGGGGUGAAUGGAAACUCAAUGGAUAUAUUGCUGCAGAUUGUGAUUCUAUACAAGUAUUAUUAGAAAAGCACCUAUAUGUUCAAACUCCUGAGGAUGCAGUAGCAUAUGUGCUAAGAUCAGGGUUGGAUUUAGACUGUGGUGAUUACUAUACAAAAUAUUUAGUGCCUGCAGUUGUAAAAGGAAAGGUGAAAGAAUCAGAUAUAGACAGAUCUCUUGUAUACACCUAUACCACUUUAAUGAGGCUAGGUUUCUUUGAUGGAAGUCAAGAGUAUGGAAACCUUGGGGCUAAGGACUUGUGUACACCUGAGCAUCAAGAGCUUGCAGUGGAAGCAGCUAGAGAAGGUAUUGUGCUUCUUAAGAAUGAUGGAUCAUUGCCCUUGUCCACCUCCAACAUAACAAGGUUGGCGGUUAUUGGACCCAAUGCAAAUGCCACCACAGCUAUGAUAGGCAACUAUGCAGGUAUUCCUUGUAAAUAUACAUCUCCUAUUGAUGGUUUGGAGAACUAUGUCAAGGUAGACUACAAACCUGGUUGUUAUGAUGUUGCUUGUGAAGAUACUAGUUUAGUAGUUUCAGCAGUGAAGGCUUCAAGGAAAGCAGAUGCUACUGUGUUGGUGGUGGGUUACAAUCUAACCUUUGAGGCUGAAGGACAUGAUAGACAAGACCUCCUCUUACCUGGGAAUCAAGAGCAACUUGUGUCUCAAGUUGCAGCUGCUUCUAAGGGCCCUGUUAUACUUGUUGUCAUGACAGGCAGUGCUGUUGAUAUUUCUUUUGCACAAAGCUUAGACAAAAUAGCAGGAAUCCUAUGGGUGGGAUAUCCUGGCCAAGGAGGUGGUGAUGCCAUUGCUCAACUCAUUUUUGGAAUGCACAAUCCAGGCGGUCGUCUUCCAAUGACUUGGUAUCCUAAUGAGUAUGCGGAAAAAGUGAGUAUGACAGAUAUGCACAUGAGAGCAAAUCCAGUAAUAGAAUAUCCAGGCAGAACUUACAGAUUUCACACAGGAGACACAUUGUACCCAUUUGGCUAUGGGCUCAGUUACACUACCUUUGAAUAUACCAUCAAAUCUCAUUCUUCCCAACUCCUCAAAUUGCACUUGCCUAAAAAUCAGAAAUGCUACACAUUAUUCCAAUCCUUAGGUGAACCCAUUUCCAAGUGCCCUUCAAUUCGCUUAGAGGAUGAAUCUUCUAAGAAAUUAUGUAAGGAUUUCGAAUAUGAAGUACAAGUUGAAGUAAAGAACAAUGGAACCAAAGAUGGUAGUGAAGUGGUAUUGCUAUACGGUGUGCCUCCAUCUGGAUUGGGUGGAGCUCCUAUGAAACAACUGGUAGCAUUCCAAAGGCUGUUUUUAUUGGCUGGAAGCAGUGAAAUUGUUACAAUGAAGAUCAAUGUUUGUGACAGCUUGGGUCUAGUAGACAAUGCAGGUUAUAAGAUAUUGCCAGCAGGAACACAGACUUUAAUCAUUGGAGAUGAUUCUACUAAUUCUAUUUCUCUCAUCACUUCUUUCCUCCCUUUUUCUUCUUCUAAUGUUGUAUAAUUCAUUCCAUUCUAUUCAUCUUAUUAGCUCUUUCCUCCUUGCUUCUUCGAAUGUUGUACAGUUCAUUCCAUUCAUGAACUGAUCAGAAAUAAAAAGAAAAAUAAAGAGAGACAUAAUUCUGUUCGACUUUUACUGAAAUACAAAUAAGAAGAAGAAAUGAUAAACCAUGUUCUUUUUCCAUUUUUUAUUUUGUU